AUGGAGCGAUUUCGGGGGAUCAUACUUGUUGUGUGCUUAUCUACCUACGGUGGCGUGACCGUUCUUGGGGAUUUUGCUGAUGUGCUGCAAUUGUCCGUUCCGAUAUUCAAUUCGGAUGUGAUAUCGGAAAAUGAGACCAUUACAACUUUACAAACCACCAGAAACAUUCUCAAGAUGGAUCUCAGUGUGUCCGAUAUCAACUUUGACGAAUCAUUGAUAGAGGUCGGUGUGAUGGUGGAUAACAUUAUACUGAAAUAUAAGUACAAUCCACCAGUGGCAACGACUGUAUUACUUACAAUAGCGGAUGGUAAGUAAGAUAUGUAAUAUCCAUAUAAGUGUGAAAAAUAGAGGACAUUCUGAUAUCUCUGU